AUGAGUACAGUCGUGCAGGGUUUCACCAAGUCACUUGCCAUGACUGUGCUCUCUGAGAUCGGCGACAAGACCUUCUUCGCAGCUGCGAUCCUCGCAAUGCGCCAUCCUAGGAGACUUGUUUUGUCUGGUUGCCUAGGAGCUCUGAUUGUGAUGACUAUUCUUUCUGUUCUUGUCGGUUUGGCUGCUCCAAAUCUGCUCUCACGGAAAUGGUCCCAUCACAUAACAACAUUGUUGUUCUUUGGGUUCGGGCUGUGGUCCUUAUGGGAUGCUUUUAAAGAAGAUGGGGAUGAUGAUGAGUUUGCAGAAGUUGAAGCAAAAUUGGAUGCUGAUCUAAAGGCUAACGCAGGAGCCACCAAAAAGAGUAGUAAGGACGAUGAUGACUUGAAAAAGCAGAAACGUUCGUUUCUCUUGCAGUUCUUCUCACCAAUUUUUUUGAAGGCCUUUUCCAUUACAUUUUUUGGUGAAUGGGGUGACAAGAGCCAGCUAGCUACCAUCGGUCUGGCUGCAGAUGAGAAUCCAUUAGGUGUGGUUCUUGGUGGAAUCUUAGGACAAGCAUUGUGUACCACUGCUGCUGUCCUUGGUGGAAAGAGUUUGGCAUCUCAGAUAUCUGAGAAAAUAGUUGCUUUAUCAGGCGGAGUUCUUUUCAUUGUUUUUGGAAUCCAAUCCUUCCUUUCAACAGUUGAGGCGUGA